AUGCGGGAUCUUGCGAUUCACGUGUGUUGGAUCGGUAGCCAUUUGAUUAGGACCCUCUUUGAUCAGAAUCAUCAUCAGCAAUUGUACGAUAGCCUGUCCACUGAAGUGAAGGUGUUGCAGGCUGAGCUCCAUCGUGCCCAUCGGUUGAUCGAAGGGUACAAUUCAUUGCUGGUGCGGGACGAGCCCGGGGACAGCCGGUCCAGUCCGGCCAUCUUCACUGGGGAAAGGAAAGCGGAAGUAGAGGUUACUGCUGUGUCGUCUGGGGCCCGGCAGGUGGGCAGAAGAAGUUUGUUCCCAGCACACUUGGUGGCAUCGGUGUAUGCCUUUGAUCCAAUUUCUCGGGCAGACUUGCAGAGGCUGAAGCGUCAAGCCAGUACCAUGGCCAUAGUGAUUGGUGAUCGAGACCCCGAAGACAUCCAAGCACAGACCUGGGUUUACUCUGACACAUCCUCUCCCAGGCUUGGCACCCCUGUUCCUUUGGAGCUUCUGGAGGACGCUGUGACUCUUGGCAGUAAGGGUGUCGUAGAAGUAGAUGGUGAGACAGAGUGGAUGGAAGAGGUUCCAGACGUGGACUUGAAAGACUACGCUGAAAAGCGCAAGGGAUUCCUUGGAGACUCCAGAGUGAUUGGCAAGCAUGUUGAUGCGCAGAACAAACGCUUCAUCACUCUAGCUGAUGCCAUGACUAUCAUGACGCAGGUGGAGUUGAGUGACUGGGGGUUCAAAGGGCCACGAUCUGUUGCCGAAUAUCUCACAUCCAUCCGGGAAAGUGGAGUUGAUUUGCCAUCUUAUCAUUUGCAAUGGGUUAAGACCUCUGGUGUUAAUCCAAAGACAUCUCUGGUGCAUGAACAUCGCAACUUGGUGGAGAUCCUUCGAUUGGCCAUUUGCCGUGACCAGUUGAAUCCUAUGAAUUGCAUGAGCUUCGAGUUGGUUACAAGACGAUUGAUUCAGCUCGAGAUCGCCGUGAGUCGUUCCCCAUCCAAUCCGGAGUUUGUGGGACUGGAUGUUCUCAUGGAGAACCCCAUCGAAGAGUCUGGGGCGGCUUCUAUGAAGGCUAUGGACACCUGGCUCACUGAUCAGCUCAAAGCUCGUGCGCAGAUUCAGAAACAGUCGAGGCUGUACCGGGAGGAGAUGAGCCACCACCAGAAACACAAGGGCUAUGGCAAUGAAGAUGGAUCGUCGUGGAAGAAGAAGGGCAAGGGCAAAGCAAAGGCCAAAAGUGGCGCUAGCUCAAGUGGAGCCGGACCUUUGACAAGCAGGCAGCCGUGGGCACAAUAUCGUGCGCAUGGUGACCCACUACCACUUGGGCCGGAUUGGAUUGCCUCUGGUGCGGAACAACUGGAAGUGCCUUUUCCACAGCGAGGUGCAUGGACAGCUCAAGCUUUGAACACCCUCGCUUUGCAUGAUUCAAAUUCAAAUUUUGAUACCAUUCUCCGUGAUAUACCUCCGACUGAAACUCAGAAGCAAGUGGCUGACCGCAUCUGGAAAUGUCUAGAGGAAGCGGAAGAGCCACCGGCAGGCCUUGAUGGGCCGGCUGCUCUUGCUAGUUUGUCGGAUGGGAAGUGCCUCUACAAUGAGGAGCCGAGCAACUUAGCAAACUAUGACUAUGACAAGCUGAAAGUGCUCCACACCACCUUGAAGCCGCGUCGGCUUGCAGAGGUGUUGCCACAACAUGCCAGAAGUGCCUUGCAGAGGUACCAGACCCUCAUUGAGAAAAGUGCUAGUGAACUCAGUGCUGAGGAACCUUGCUCGAUCAAACCGUACUGGGAUCCAAAGCUUAGAAGCUCUGACUCAGCCUUGACUCGAUUGAUUGUUGGUCUAGCAAAUCAAGGGUUGGUGACUUUUCGCACAGCUAUCAAGGAACGGAUUGGCAUCUUUUCCGUGAAGAAAAAGACACCAGAUUGGAUCAGGCUGAUUAUCGACAAUCGGAUGAUUUGGUGGUAUAUCCUGUUUUUAGAGGGCUUUGCAUGGGCUGGAGUUGGUCUUUGUAUUUUGCCAAUGAGAGUGUCAAAUUAUAUUGCCAAUGGUAUGGUGGACCGUCCUCUUCGCGAGAUUCGAGAUAAGACCCCACUGCCUGACAUUUCAUUGGGCCCUGUGACAGGAGUCUAUGUGGACAAUAUCAGCAUCAUUGGGUGCGACGCAGAACAAGUUCAAGAAGUGGCAGACCGAGUCGCAGCGCACUUUGCGGCAGCGGACAUCCCCCUGACUUGGACGACUGAGAAACCCCAAAGUGUUUUUGAAACUGUUGGUCUUAUUUUGGAUUUCAAACAGCGAACCAUUAGGAACAAACCAAAAAGACUAUGGAAGGCUUUUCUUGCGGGGCGGGAGUUGUUGAAGAGACGGCGAGUUUCGGGCAAGUUGGUGGAGAUCUGGCUGGGGCAUAUGACAUCUUUGUUCAUGAUCACUCCGUGUAGUCGAGCAGAAGUCAUCCGAGCUUUGGACGAGCUGGAGAGCGACUGGUCUGAGAUUCAUCAGAGGCCACAGGAGGUCCGGGCGGUGGUGCCGUUUGGCGCGGGUUUGAAGACCCGUUAUGCGGAUUGGUUGAUUGAAGCUGCUAGUGAUGAGAGCUCAUGGUUGCGGACUAGUUCAAUCCGAACACAACUGAAAGCGAAACCUAGAAAGAAACUGGAGAUGGAGACACCAACCAUGGUCAUGCCUAUACCUGAUACUUUAUGUCGUAGGGAGCGAUAUAGCUUGUUGUGGCGAAAGAGAUGGAACAAUUCACACAGACAUAUCAAUGAGAAAGAAGCACAGGUGUGUCUCUCUUCCUUGCGACGCACAGCUCGCGUGAAGAAACUACAUGGCAAAGUCAAGGUGACUCUGACAGAUAACUUGUCAUGUUUGUGCGCUUUGGAGAGGGGCAGAGCGAGUUCCUAUGGACUGAACAAGAUUUGUAGGACAGCCUGUGCUUACCAGUUGAGUUGUGGCAUUAGAUGGCGGUUGCGUCAUGUGGAGACAAUGCGGAAUCCAGCAGAUGAGGAUUCACGUUUUCAUGAAAACAAACAGAAGCCUAGCAAACUUAUUUUGAACAACAAAACUCAGCAUGUGAAUACAGUUGGGGGCAGUGUUGAAGUGCCGGGAGGUGAACAUGGUGAGGAGGCUUUGAGGGUCUCCGCGCAUGAUAGCGAAUGUACUCCAUCCCGACCUUCCAAACCCCCUGUCAGGCAGAGCAAGAUCCGCGGUGGUGCCUUCCUGGAGAUUUUUGCUGGAACUGCCCGGCUAAGCGACGAGAUGCGGCGACAACGGUCCCUCUUCCAGCAGUUCUCCAAAGUCCAACCGGAGGGGUUGGAAGCCAUCAUCUUUGGCCAGCACACCAAUGAAGAAGCAGUCCGGCGGAAAAGUCCUUCCAUUGACAGUCUACAAAAGACCCGUCAUCCGGAAGAAAUUUUAGCACGUGGGAGAUGGCGCUCUAUGAAGUCCAUUCAGAGGUAUCAAAAGCCUGGGCAAAUGCUUGCUAGCAUGAACCGAAUUGGUGAUGAAAUUUGGCUCCAAGCAAAAGCAGCACUACCCAAGCUCAUGCGGGCACCGGCUCCACCUCCACCAGCAAAACAGGUCUUUGGAAAAAUGCCGGGUGCUCCACGAACUUCCACGCAAUCGCCAGAGAAGAGCUUGCACAUGCACGGUGAGACGACGUUUGUUCCAAAAGGAGCUCGGACGAUGUAUCAAGCCUUCGUUGAGCUCGAAGGUUCUGCCAUGAAGCAGAAUCUACGAACUUCUUUGUGGAAGGACGGCGAGGCAGAUGAGAAGUGCGGGCCCCGCUUCAAGGUCCGCGAGAAACCCCCAGACUUGGCGACGGACUUGAAUGGUGUCCAACUGCCGACGACCUGCUUCGAGGAUGACAGCAAAGGUCUGCAUCACGUCUUUGUCAUCGGCGAUUGGGGUGGAGUCAUUGAUUGGUACGACAAAAGCAAAGGCUUCGUCCAUCCACCCAAAACUGCUGACCACACAACGAAGGCUUUUUCUUCGCACGCACGCAAGAAGGUGAAGAGCUCAGAUGAUUGGGCACAGUACAAUGUCAGCAAAUGGUUCUGCAACAGGGCCGAGGAGUCAGACCCGGACUUCGUCAUCAACUUAGGUGACAACUUCUACUGGGGCGGCUUGAAUGUUCAAUGCGGCGGACCAAUGCAUCAGCCACAAGAUCCUGCUUUUCAGUGGAGCAACGUGUAUGAGAAGAUGUACCAUGGAACUAAGGUGGAUGGAAAGCAAUGGUUGAGCAUCUUGGGAAACCACGACUAUGGCGGCUUUCUCUUUACCAAUGGCUGGGAUCAAGUGAUUGCCUACACCUGGUCCAAAAUGGAAUUUAGCACUGGACGAUGGAUGCAACCUGCAUUGUACUACGCUACCCCUAUCAAGUACAACGAUUUCUCCGUGGACAUUUUCUUUGUUGAUAGCAACGUUUGGGAUGCCUUCGACUAUCACGCCACCAGCGGCCACAACAUUUGCGGAAUGUCGCACAACUACCAGGAUGCAACCUGCGGCAUUACAGGGCCAAUGUCUGUGGAACAGUGUGCACAAUGGUUUAAAGACCUUUGGGAUGCCGAAGUGAAGUGGAUGAAGGAUGGCUUGGGCAAGUCCAGCGCAGAUUGGCAGUUCAUCGCGACCCACUUCCCUGUGGAGCAUGGCCUGGAUCAGUGGAAAGAUCUUGCCACGACCUUCGGAGUGGACCUGAUCCUCAGGGCACAUCGGCAUAUCCAAGAGGUGCACGGACCGGAUGACGAAUCCAACUUGGUGGCGCCCACUGCGUGGAUCGUCAGCGGUGGCGGUGGCGGCAUCACCUCCGAAGCGGAGCCCACGGAGAACGGUGAAGACGAUCAGUAUGGCUUUAUGGACCUGACCUUGUCAAAGCACGAGAUCAAAAUCACGGCCGUUAGUCAUGGAGGUCAGAUCCGACAAACGCGGUGCAUUACGCAGCGAAUGCCCGGAGAUAAGCGGACACAGAGAAUUUCAGGAAGUUCAUUAUGUGACGGAGAGCCAUCUGGUGUUCAACCUCUUCCGACAAAGAUGGCACCAACGGUGUUUCCGAUUCACUACUGA